AUGUCGGGGAACGGGGAGAAAGCCAACAGCAUCUGGGAAUCCAAGAACUUCUUCAUCGAGCUGGACCCGCUCCCUGGGGCUGUGGAAGCUGUGAAGGAAAUGGCAAAUUUGGCAGACACUGACGUCUUCAUCUGCACAAGCCCCAUCAAGAAGUACCGCUACUGCCCUUACGAGAAGUAUGCCUGGGUGGAGAAGCACUUUGGCCCUGAGUUUCUUGAGCAGAUCGUUCUGACGCGGGAUAAGACGGUGGUUUCUGCUGACCUGCUUAUAGAUGACAGACCUGAUAUAACAGGGGCCGAGCUGAACCCCACCUGGGAGCACGUGCUCUUCACUGCCUGCCACAACAAGCACCUGCAGCUGAAGCCCCCCAGCCGCCGGCUGCACUCCUGGUCUGAUGACUGGAAGGCCAUUCUGGACAGCAAACGCCUCCCACCCGGCCAGGCCACCUAAACACCAGCCUCCCACGGCCACCUGGGGCUGCAGCCACCCCCUCGUGUCCCUGUGGAGUCCUGCUGAAGGCUGAAAGCAUGGAUGGACAGACAGGCAGAUGCUGUCCCUGCUGUGGAGAAGAAGAGGAGGGUGAGCUGAAGCGCCACAGCCACCUGGACCUGGAAAACAGACCCCAGCUCAGCUGUACCACAAGAGACUGCAGCAGGAUUGGCCCUGUGGACCUGACAGCCUGGCUCCUGGGGUUUCUGUGCUGCAUCUGCACCCCCCACGAGGCCAGCCUGGCAUUUCUGAUGGACAAGGUCCCCCUCAGCGUGUCACUACCCUUGUCUGGUGCACUGCUGCUCCUCUGCCCAUCCCCAAGAGAAGGGACAUCCCAGGAGAGCCUGGCAUCCCCACCCUGCCUAUGGCA